AUGGAAAGCACAGACUUUGAAGUGCCCCAGAAGGUGGUGACUAAGUUCUACCAACACAUUCUGGCUUUUGUAUUUGCCAUUGAUGAGAUCAAUGAGGAUCCCAGGAUCUUGCCCAACAUCACUCUCGGCUUCCACAUCCAGGAAAGCUACACUGACCCAAGGAUGACCUAUCGUGCCACUUUAGAUUUGCUUUUCAACUCACAUCAGUUUGUGCCAAAUUACCAGUGUGGCAGAGAAAAAAAUGUUCUAGCUGUCAUUGGUGCAUUGAGCUUUGAAACCUCCUUAUGCAUGGCAGACAUCUUAAGUCUUUACAAGAUUCCACAGCUGCAUGCAUUCAUUCUGAAGACCUCAUUCAACAACAGUGCAGGAGAGGAAAUUAUGUUUAACCAACAGGGAGAAUUUGAAGGGGGGUUUGAUAUUACCAACUUGGUCACUUUCCCUAACCAGUCUUAUGUCAGGGUCAAAGUGGGAAGGGUGGAACAUCACGUGGCUGCAGGCAAAGGAUUCACCAUUAAUGAGGACAAAAUUGAAUGGCACAGACAAUUGAAGCAGGUGCCUCCUGUUUCUUCAUGUAAUGACAAAUGCCUUCCUGGUUACAGCAAGAAAAAGCAGGAAGGGAAGCCAUUUUGCUGCUAUGCCUGUGCUACAUGUCCAGAUGGAAUGUUUUCAAACCAGAAAGAUAUGGACACCUGUGUUAAUUGCCUAGGGCAUCAAUAUGCAAACCAAUUCCAGAAUCAAUGCAUUCCUAAGAUGCCAAACUUCUUAGCUUUUGAGGACACCUUGGCCAUCAUUUCCACUUCUUCUGUUCUUUCAUUGUCUCUGAUCACAGCUCUGGUGCUAGGCCUCUUCAUCUGGCACAGGGACACUGCCAUCGUCAAGGCAAACAAUCGAAGCCUCACCUACAUUCUCCUCAUAUCCCUUCUUUUGUGUUUCUUCUGCUCCUUCAUUUUCAUGGGAAGGCCCAAUACGGUGUCUUGUCUGCUGCGACAAACUGCUUUUGGCAUGGUCUUCUCUGUGUCCCUCUCCACUAUCUUGGCAAAAACGGUUUCUGUGGUGCUGGCGUUCAUGGCUACCAAACCGGGAUCCCAGAUGAGGAAGUGGGUGGGGAGAAGACUGUCACAUUCCAUUGUGUUCUGCUGUUCCAAUAUUCAGGCGGGCAUCUGUGUUUUGUGGCUGACAUCGUCUCCUCCAUUCCCAGAUGUGAACAUGCAGUCCAUGACUGAAGAUAUUGUCCUGCUCUGUAAUGAAGGCUCUGUCUUCAUGUUCUCUUGUGUCUUGGGCUACAUGGGUCUGCUGGCUUCAGUCAGCUUUGCUGUAGCUUUCCUUGCCAGGAAGCUGCCCAACAGCUUCAAUGAGGCCAAGUUCAUCACGUUCAGCAUGCUGGUCUUCUGCAGUGUGUGGGUGUCCUUUGUCCCAACAUACCUGAGCACAAGAGGAAAGUACAUGGUGGCCGUGGAGAUCUUCUCCAUCUUGGCCUCCGGUGCUGGCUUACUGGGCUGCAUAUUUUUCCCCAAAUGCUACAUUAUUGUGUUUAGACCAGACUUGAACAACAGAGAGCAGUUGAUGAGAAGGAAGAAUUAG